GGCAAACUCCCACUAUGAGGCAAAGCAUUCCCACUGCAGCAAUUGGUUCGUGGGAACUAUAAAUUGGGUUAAUCCAGAAACAGCAUAAAAUUUGUCCUUGGUGAGAUUGGCUGGAAACGAAAGGGCCAUGGAGAGAGAUGCUAUAACCUUUCCUCCAGCACUGGACCCUACACGCCACUUCCAAACGCUGCUGCUGAAUCAGAGAAGCAAGCUGCAUGGCCAGAUCAGGAAGCUUCGCGAGAUUGCACGAAACAUCAACAAGCUGCGCAGGCGAUCCCUGAUUGCAAACAUCACUGGGAGUUCCCUGAGUGCAGUAGGAGCAAUCACAGCCAUCGUAGGGCUCUCCUUGAGCCCUGCCACUUUAGGGGCAUCUCUCCUGGCUUCUGCAGUGGGCCUGGGUGUAGCCUCUGCCGGAGGGGCUGUCAAUGUCACUUCCGAUCUCUCCUUAGUGCUCUCUAACUCCAGGGAACUGAGAAGGGUGCAGGAGAUUGCAGUGAACUGUCAGAACCAGAUGAGGGAAAUCCUGAGCUGCCUAGAAUUCCUCCACCGUGGACAGGGCCCAAUGGACCCCCUGUUGCUCCAGUCAGAGAAAAACGCUUCCAUCUCGCUGUACAAUUCCAUCUGCUUCAUGGUAUUCUACGGUUCACGCAACUUUCUUGUGCCAGAGUACACGAGGGAGGUCACAAAGGUGAGCCAAGCUGUGCUAAAGGCAAAAAUCCAGAAACUGGCUGAAAACCUUGAGUCCUGCAUCAGAGCAAUGGAUGAAGUCUGUGAACUCUUAGAAUCCAGAGCAGAACUUUCCUCCAACACAAGAAACCCCAGCUCAAGUGCCAGGAUCACUGUCAAACCCCAGGGAUCAUCCAACUGAAACCGCCAAAACCAAAAGUGUGGUUAAAGAUGCCGUAUUAGUCACUAUUUUUAUUACUGCUGUUAUUUUUACAAGCAUUUGUGGCACCCAUCCCCACAGCUGAGAACAAGUUACAAGGUUCUGAUUUAAAUAUGACAGCAAGCAUGUCUCUAAAAGGGAGCUGAUGCUUUUACCUCCUUGCAGCACUGAACUAAAAUUUGAGGUUAUGAUGGAGAUCUAGCCUGUAGGGUAAAUGACAAGAACGACUCCAGAGCCUACAUUUAGUGGAAGACCAGUAGGGUAAAUGCUGGAUUAAAGGCUAAUCUGCCCACAUUUCCUUGGCUCCCAUCUGGUGCUGCUCCAUGAUGGCAGAGAGGAAUGGGUCUGGAGUCAGAUCAAAAGGCUCCUUGCCUGGUCUUGCUCCCUUGUUGUAAAUAACCUGUGAAUUCUUCUUCUCAUAGAGGUAAAGGGAGUGAGAUCUAUUGAUAUAUCCAGCACUCACAAAUUUCCUACUAAAGUAGCCAGAGAUGUGACAAACUAUAUCCACUAGAUGGCAGCACAGCACACAUAAUAUCUCAGCAGGCGCUAUGCACCAAAAAGUAUUCUUUCUCUUUUAAAGAGAUAUUUUCUUUGCCACGUGCUGUGGGACAAAGUGGAAAUUGUGAUAUAUUUUUUUCCUAUUUAUUUAUAUAGAGUUAUUUUAAGCCUUUAGAAUUGUAUUUAAAGAAGAAAAAAUGUUUAAGAAUGUUAAAAAGAAUGGCUUCCAACCCAGAGGGAAGCAUUCCACAGGGCAAAUAUCUGAUGGAAAGUUUCCUAUUGACUCACCAGCCAGCCCAACACCCUAUCAACAAAGGAAGAGAACUGUCUGAAUUCAAAUAGGCACAAAGCAUGUAGAUUGCAGGAAACCAAGUACAGCUCUCGGGAUGGGAGGGGGAAAAAGUGGAAAUGGGGAUCAAAUCCCUUAACAGGAGGGCUCGCCUCUUGAAAUAUGUAGAGGAGAGUGACAGUUCCUCAUGCAAAAAAGAUGUUCCAGUUGUAAGAUGUGGCAGGGGAUUCGAUAGCUAGAGAUGUCAAUAGUUAGGUGUCUUGGGGUAUCAGUGUGAAGGUGGCAGGUCUCAUGAGACAGCAAUACACUGUUAGCGAGUGCUGUGGAGGAUUCUGCGGUUGGGAUAUAUAUUGGUACUCAUGAAAGAGAGUGAUGUAGAAGAGAUGGGUGGUCCAGUGGUUAGGGCACUAGCCUAGCACUUAGGAGACCCUGCUCUGCCCCAGACUUCUUGUGUGACGUUGGGCAAGUCAUUUGGCCCCUCUGUGCCUCCGUUCCCCAUCUGCAAAAUGGGGAUAAUAUCACUUCCUUAUCCCCCAGGGGUAUUGGGAACUCAAUACUUUGCAUAUUGUGAAGUGCUUACACAUUGUGGGGAGAGGGGAGCAUAUAAGUAGCUAAGAUAGCUGUAGGAGAGAGGACUUGGAAGCUAGCUUUAGAUUAGUAGGGAAAAGGCUUAGGUCUAGGUACAUUUUCAGUCCCACAUGCAGAACGAGCUAUACACAAGGAACUUCGGAAUCUCAGUGCAGGGAUGAAAAAAUGACCUAAAGAGGAGGAUUUAAAUGUAUGAAGCACUGAGGAAACUCUUGGUGGGGGAAAAGCCAAGCCAGAGUAGCAAAGUUUGAAGUCUUGUUCUUGUUUUAUGCCCCUCCCAUGUUCUUGGAACAUGUGGUUUUAUGUACUUUAAAAAACCAAAAGCAGUUGUCACUGAGAGCAUCUCACAUCCGAGAAUGAUUGCCACAUAUGAGUAAUGACUCUGAUGUGACGCUGAUUCAAUGAAAUGAAUCUGAAGCUAUUUUGUGUCAGUGUAUAUGUAUUUCUGUAUGUGUGUGAUCUCUGAUAUUCUACCACAUCCAUACCCCAGUGCUGGGUCCCUGCUGCCUUUCUGGCUACCAGACGCUGUAAAUAAAGACCCAGUACUAGCAGUGUUGUGUAUAUUUGGUGUGGGAGGAGUGACGGGCGGGCGUAUUGUAUGCGUAUGUGAUCUCAAACAUCAGUCCCGCAUAUCCAUACCAUAUAAGUAAUGGGUGUAUAAGUCUGUGCACAUCUCCACUUGUGUGAGUACGUGAGUGCUGUUUGCAUGAAAAUGAGUGCAUGAAAAUGGCCCUGUGGAUUGCAUAGGAGCGAAAGUGUUUUAUCUUGGUGUGAGUGCAGACAUAUUGCGUGAUCUCUAUAAACAUUGCUCUAGCAACGCAAUACCCCACAACUAACUCCUGGCCAGCUAAGGACAGCCCUGGAUCCACAGCAACAUGCAAUUCAGCCCAGAGAGCACAGGAAGAUCAGCUAGAAGAGACCAGCCAGUCUGGUCACAGCUUCUCCCUUUCUUUUCAAUAUUCAUCAUGAGUAGGCUGUGAGUUUGUCACAGAGGUCAUGGAAGUCAUGGAUUCCGUGACUUUCCAUGACCUCGGUGACUUCUGCAGCAGCCGGUGCACCUGGCUCUGGGGUUGCCCGAGCAUCUCAGGCAACCCCUGGACCAGUUGCACUGGCCACUGCUGGGGCAGUCUCGGGUCACCGCCCCCCUCACCCCAACAGCAGCAGGAGGAGUUUGGGUGUGAGAGAGGGCUCAGGGCUGGGGGGUGGGGCACGGGAGGGGGUGAGGGCUUUGGGCAGUGUUUACCUUGUGGGGGUGGCCUCCCUGGAAGUGGCAAAAUGUUUCUCCCAUGCACUGCCCCCUCCUGCAGGCACCGCCCCCACAUCUCCCACUGGCUGCGGUUCCCGGCCAAUGGGAGCUGCGGAACUGGCAGCACACAGAUCUACAAGCUUAGGGAGGGACAUGUUGCCACUUCCAAGAAGCCAAGCUGGGAGCCUGCCAGUCCUGCCAAUUCUUCCCCCACCGUCCCCCAGCACAAGUGGGGAUACUGGGUUGCUCCCACCCAAGCACCCACAGUGCCCCCCACACCACUCCCCCAGCACUUGCUUAGCCCCCCGGAGUGCCUCCCCAAAACAUCUGUGGGCCCCCCAGGCACCCACAGCACUCCCAGGCCGCUCCCCCCCCCCCCCC